AAAAAUCCCGGCAGUUUCCUUUCUCUCCCAAGUGACGGCCGGCUCGCCCAGAUCGGCCAAGCUAUCUGCUCUAGUUCCCCUCAUGGUUGUGUGGAUGCGAUCUCUUUCGACGCGUCAGGAUGUGCUACCUUCAGGCGGCGAGGCGACUUCCUCCUUGUUGGAUGCCCCAUGGCUGCCUCCUCCGAUGCGUCGAGGCGAUCCCCUGCUUGUCGGCAGUGUCAGGACCGGUUCCUCCAGGGCGACCAGGCGAUCCCCUGCUGGUCGGCAGCGUGACGGCCGGCUCCUUCAGAGAGGCGAGGCGGCCUCGUCGUAUAUACGCUGGAAGCGCCAUGGGCGAGCCCCGUGGAGCCCUGGGCGGCGUACAGGCUAGUCGUGUGGCGGCUGACGAUGCUGGUCGACCUGCUCCUGAGCGUGCAGGGCAGCGUCGACGUUCUCAUCCCCCCGUUGCUGGACCAGAUGGACGAGCUAAAGUGCCAAACUGGGAGAGGAAUAGACACUCCAGUAGCAGUGGUAUUCUCUAUGCAAUCAAACGAGAAGCAUUUAGUGUUGUUUCACCAAAUCAAAAGAGAACAAAAUCAGACCACAUAUGAUUGCACAUUAUGCGUGUGUAUGUGGAGAAGAUAACUGGAGUGUGCAAGUUCCGUACAGAAUUGGUCGCGCAGUUGGCGUUGAUUGUAACAUGUACUUUUCGUUAUAUGAUUUUGUGUGGUUGUAAAUUCUGACCUUAUGAAUAAGAUCAAUAUACAAGGUUGUUUGUUUCUUGAAAAA